CACACUUUAUAUUGCUUGCUGUGAAAUAUCUAACAUAGCUUCAACAAAAUUACGAUAACAUCCAGAUAAAACUUGGCGCGUUUACAUUCGAUACUCACAUUGAAUACGACCUCUUUUAACUUUUUAUAUCUGGCCAGAAAUAACGGAGAAGAAUAUUCCAGAAAAACAAUGUUUAAAUGCGUACAGAAGACUUGUGUAUUGACGUGAAUUAAAUACUUAUUAUAAAAUUUGAAAAAUAAUACGCGUGGAAAAUAUUAACAGAACACUAUCCUCGCGUUACGCGCAUUACCACCGACGUGGCUGCUCGUCGAAUGAAUUUGAAUUCGAGGCGCUCCGCUGCCGGCGGUGGGGCGUUGCUUGACCGGAUUGCUCGGUAUCCAUUUUGAACACAUCGCACAGUCUCGUUCAUCGUACGUCCUAGAGAGCCGACCCGACAGCCGAGAACGAGAACUAUCGCACAGGAAUAAUGGACGCUACACUUACCAAACAAAAAAUUUUGUAUAUUCAUCGCGCAAUCGUCGACUGUGACUAGAAUUUUUGUUAAACAUUUCUUUUUGAUUGAUUUAGACUAAAAGCAUAAAAAAUGGAGACGGAUUACGAUCGCAAGUUCGAGGAGAUGAAGAAAUACAUUCCAUUCCUGGAGAACAUGAUCUGUAAGUUGGAGAGUGCGGGGUCCGGCAGCGGCAACCCGCGCCUUGCACAGCUCGCCAAGAUACGCUCCCUCCGCGAUCUUUUGUUGGAUAAGAGAAAAAGAAUGAAAAUGGAGAACUUAAUGAAAUGUGAACAAGUUUUGGUGAAUUUGUAUGCAAAAAUUGAACAGAGAGACUCAUUUUUGGAGAGCAGUGAUAUAGGGAGUCACAAUCCUCAGUUGGAUUUGGUGCGAAGUAAACUUAAAAAAGUCACCGCACGACUGCAAGACUCUGACACGCUGCCUGAGAUAGUAGGCCCUUCUCGGAGUGAAGAGGUCACACCCGGUAGUAAAGAACCAGCUUUGUUUCAAAUAAGACAGAACAAUACUCUUUCUCCGACGCGUUCAUCACUUACUGAUAGUGACAAAUCUUCUUCAUCAUUGCAUAAAAAAAAUUAUACUCGUGUUCUGAUCUCCCCUGAUCCAGAAACUAAACCUAGGCCGAUAGACACGUCAAAAAGAAAAUCUCCCAUUCGAACUCCUAAAAAAUCGCCGCGAAAAACUACAUUCUUACAAAAUAAAAGUGACAGGAAAAAGUCUUCGAGUCAAUCUGAGCAAACAAAUCAGCUAAAAGAUUUAAAUAUAACACUUAAAGUUCCAGAAGAAAGUCUAAAUUCUUUAAAUACUAAAGAUAUACUAUCUCGAAUCAUUAACUGCAGCGACAACGACGUUGACAUUGACACAUUACGUGGAUUGAGGACUCAGAUCCUCUCCGAAUUAAAACAAACCGGUGCCAAAGACGAUAUUUCUGAUUUAAUACUCGAAUCUUAUAAGCGCAAAAAGAAGUCGGGGUCAAAGAAGAAAAAGGAAUUCGAAGAAGGUGAAUUAUCAGACAGCGAGAGUGAAGUUAUUGAAAGCAUAUAUGGCAGUUUGGUAGUUGUGGAUAAAGAUCAAGAUGAAACAAGUAACAAGCCAAAGGCAGAAGAAAAAGAUGAUCUGCCUCGAAAAAUUCAAAUAUGUCUCGUAAUUAAUUCGGAAAAGAAAAGUCAAGAUGAAACAAUUACUACAAAUGAUUUGUCCAAAAAAAAUACAAUAAUAGACAUAUCUGAUUUUGAACCUUACCGAAGUGACGAGACAUACAUGAAAAUAAUCGAAACUGAAUCUGAAAAUAAGGAAGCAACUAAACAGCAUAGAGCCAUCUCGGAAAACAUAUCUAGUAUACCUGAGAAAAAUGAAAAAGAUGGUGGAGUUCACGAAACUGGAGAUAAAACGUCAGAUAUAUCUAACGACAGCAAUGAUUCAAAUGAAAAAUUUAAAAACACUAACAUAUCAAAUAUCAAUCGACAUAAAAUAUCCGAGGUUUUGCCGACUAAUUUAAAACCAAAGUCCACCAAAAGUUGCUUAAAUAAAGAUAGUUCUUCUAAAAUUCCACAAGCUAUACCGAACAAAUCCUCUACAAUCGCCUUAAAUGAGACUACCAAUGAAACUGUACCUACAGAGAAUAAAUCACAUAACAAUUUAACCAAAUUGCAAGAUUCCAUAGAAAUACCAUUACUAGAUUUAGAAACUAAUGCGAAACAAAAAGUAGUUCAAGAAAUUGAUAUCUUACAAGCUUUAAAGAAAGAAAUAUUAAGUGAAAAAAUUUCUUUAUCUGAUUGCGAGACCAACACGCCACCAUUACAUCAACCUAAAGUGAUGAAAGUGGCAAACAUGGAAAAGAUUUUACCAAAGAAAAGAAUUUCUAUUGAGAAAUAUAAAGAGAAAUCAACAUCUGCAUCACAAGCCACCCAAGUAACAAGUGAAAUUUACAAUAAUACGUCAAAAGAUGAACUACUGAAAAAACAAAGUUUAAAGUUAACGGAGAAGGAAUAUGAAAGAUUUAAUUUAUCAACAAAUAUGUCACUUGCUGAAACUUCUGAUGAGGAAGACAAUGGAAAAAGGAGCCCAUCUACCAAAGAUAUGUACAGUGCUUUAGCUCCUAAGUCACCCGAUCAUGAAGAUUUUGCUGAUACAGGAAUUAAACCACCAAUUAUAAUUCCUGCGGAGCCAGUGAAAGCAGAGGUUGCGCCUUCAAUAAGCGACGUGGAUAUGAGAAUGAUGCCGCUUAAGCCGCUGUCAAAAUUGCUGACGGACAAUAAACUUCUCGAAAAGCCAUUAGAAGGGUCUAAAAAAGAAACGGAACCAAGUACGAUAGAAAAAGCAUUGCCGUUGGCAGAUCCUCGAGUAAGAAGAGAUUUUGGCAACCUAAAUGUUGAGAGUGGUCAUAUAAGUUCAGCAGACAAUGUUUCUAGAACUCAGUCUAACUUUUCACCUAAUAUGACACCCACUCGAAUGCCAAAAACGACAAUUAAUAGAAUGAGCGGUAUUACCCAAACGAAGGUUAUUCCAAACAUGGUAAAUAAUUUGACUUCAACAACUAUGGGGUAUGAAAUGACUCCUUCAAGGCAAUCAUUUGAUAGCGACAACUCAAAAAAAGAUCAUGUAUAUGCUCCCAUAUUUCCUGUUGUCGAACCAAAUAAUGUAUCAGUUAUCGAUGGACAAAAUGCUGGCAGUUUUUCGCGGCUGCGUGAUGAUUCACGUAGUAAUUUAUGUCACAGCAAUAGUGAAAUUCAAAGUUCCUUUUAUGUUGAAAAUUCAUUUGUUCCUUUAGAAUGUCCACCAACUCCAAACCAUUCAUUUGGACGACUAGACAUGCCAAUAACUCCAAUCCAUGCAUUUGGAAGGACAGAAGGACCAAUGACGCCUGCUCAUCCUUUUGGAAGAUCAGAUUGUUCACCUACUCCAAGUUAUUCUUUCGGAAGAACCGAUUGUCCGUCUACACCAAGUUAUCUUUUUCCGAGAACUGAUGGUCCAUCUACUCCAAGCCAUCCUUACGGGAGAAUAGAUUGUCCGUCUACCCAGAGUCAUCCUUUUGGAAGAAAAGAUUGUCCGUCUACACCAAUUCAUCCUUUUGGCAGAACGGAUUGUCCAUCCACCCCAAAUCAUCCUUUUGGCAGAACGGAUUGUCCAUCCACCCCAAAUCAUCCUUUUGGCAGAACAGAUUGUCCAUCCACCCCAAAUCAUCCUUUUGGCAGAACGGAUUGUCCAUCCACCCCAAAUCAUCCUUUUGGCAGAACGGAAUGUCCGCCUACCCCAAAUAUUCCUUUUGGAAGAUCAGAUUGUCCGCCUACUCCAAAUCAUCCUUUUGGAAGAUCAGAUUGUUUACCUGCGAUAAGUCGUCCUUUUGGGAGAAAAGAACAUCUAAUGACCCCAAAUAACCCAUUCGGUAGAGGCGAUUUCUCACAAAAUCAGACUAUAAUACAAAAUACAGGAGCCAGAUGUAAUAAAUUUCAGACUGCUAGAAAUAAUAGAUAUUCAGAGGGCGAUAAUCUACCAUAUUGUAAUGAUGAUAUGGAUGGUGGCAAAUAUACUGAACAUAACUUUAAUACACGUAAUUAUAAAUAUGAAGAAUCCAAACGAAAUUAUACAGAUUCUUAUAGAAAUUAUGACAGACACGUUAGUCGACGUGAAACUAGCAUAGGUCGGUCAAGUUAUAAAAACUAUAAAUAUGAUCAACGUUAUUCAAAUGACCGUAGUACUGCCUACGGUGUCGGAGAUUAUCGUAACGAAACAGAUAUUGGUAAAUUUUAUAAUGAUAGCGGCACAAAGCGUAAUAACAGAAGAGAACAUAGUGUGGGUCGUAACUUAUCAGAUAAUAAAUACACAAAAUGUCACAAAGAAAAAGAUUACACAACUGGGAACACUUUAUCGGUUCAAUCAAAUGCAGGCCGUUCAUUUACUAUUGACACAAGUGUUAACAGGAGUUUUCAAGAUACAAUUUCCAAAUUUAAAAAUGUAGCAAAAAUUUGUACUGAUUUUGAUGCCAGAAGAAAACGCGCAUCAAGUGUUGGUAGGCAUUUAGGUCGUGAACCAAGUGCAGAAAGGUCAUCAUUGAAUACUGCAAAGAAAACAAAUUCACCGGACCUAAAGACGAAUUUUAGACGUGCACGCAGCGUCGGAAGAGAACCUGCAGAAUGUCAUUCAAAAAAGAGGUUUGAGGAUAUUAAAGUAGAAUUGCUAUCAUAUAAACAUGCAGAGACUAAAAACAAUGAAAGUAGCCACUUUUCUAACCAAGAUUUCGUCACUAACAUAAGGAAAAAGUUAAAUGAUCGCGAUCCUCGGUUAUCAAGACGUGAUCGUCAAAGCUUAGAUACUUGUAAAAAGGAAGAUCAAUCUACAAAAUUGUCUAUUCGUCGGGGAGACAUUAGGGACCCAAGGCUUCAGCGCGGACUUAAUAAAGAUACUCAAAACAAAAUACAGGUAGGAAAAUCUAUUGAUGACCGUAAAAAACAGGGCAUAGUUUAUUCCAAUGAUAAUAUUGUCAAGGGAACAAUAUUGGGGACUGGUUAUGGUGUAAAAAAUUAUAAAAUUCCGAAGAUUAAAAAGGCUCAAGAGGAAACAUGUUCUAAAGAUACAAUUGAUGAUGUUAAAGUUGAGAAUGUUAAAACUGGUAAAAAAUGUGAAAUAGAAAAACAAAAUAAUAAAGAUGAAACAAAUUCGUUUAAACUUGUAGAAGACAAAGAUAAAUGCGAAGAAGAUCCGAUAUCUGUACGAUAUGAAAAAGUAUUAGAAAAAUCAGAGAAGAACGAUGAUGUUCACGAUAAAAAUAGAAGUGUAGUUGAAAAUGUUUCUGGCUACGUUGAAAAGCGAGUGACAAGAUCUUCAACAAAGAUUAGUGUAAAUGAAAAAUUAAAUGAACUUAAUUCAGACAACAAACCAGUUUCACGAAAAAAACGAAAUAGGAUAUCAAAACCGUUACGAUACGAUUCCGAUUCUGAUGAUGACACUGUUCUCAUUAUCGAUUCUCAAACAUCCAACGAAUGCAGUGUCCAAACAUCGAUUGAAAAGGAUAGUGCCACAUUAAAAGACAAAAUAACAUGUAACGAUUGGGAUGGCAUCAAAACUACAGAGAAUUUAAGAAAUUCAAAAGAUUGUGCGGUUGACGGCAAAUUCGUUGAAUCCGAAGGUACAAAACUUUCCGAAAAUCUAAUUUCUGCUGAGGAUUUGUCAAACUAUAUGCCCGACUCUGAUAAUUGUUUUGGAAUGGACCUUGAAAUGUUUCCUGACAGCUUAGCUACUGAUCCUGUUAUUGAAAAUAUAAAUGAACUUAUAGCUGAUUUAGACGAUGAUUUAGAAACUUCUAAAAAUGAUGGGAAUAAACGACAGUUUACUAAGGAGAUAAUUCUUGAGAAUAUGCUUGAAAAUAUUACGUGUUCUGAAAAAAAGGCCUGUGGAAACUCAGAUUAUGACAACGAAAAAAGAACUGAAGUAAAUGAACCUAAUAUAAAAAUAAAUGAAGAUAGUAUACCUAAUACUGAAACUGAUAAUAAACAAGAAGUAGAUAGUAAUAGCGGUGUAGUUUCAACAACAGAAACCGAAAUAAAAUAUACUUCACCACAAAAAAAGCUUUCCAAAUGUUAUGAUGAUGAUGAUGAUAUCUGUUCUACACCCGAUAGCACAAUUAACGUUAACGAAAAUGUCCAUGAAACUGCUUGUCAGGAAAAGUUACCGGAUAGUACUGGUGAACUACAUUGUGAAAUGAGUUCAGAUAUAACUUCUACUGAAGUUAAGGAUACUAGUCAAUUAAAUUCAUCUCAUUCCGACACGAGUAAACAGUCAGAUUCUAUCGGAAGCUUAUUAUCAAUUUUAAAAGAUAAAUCAAAAAUACAAGAAUUACUCUCAAUGAUAAAAGAGCAGUCGAAUGGGAAUGAAAAGUUAAAGAAAAAAUUAGAAAUGUUAAGUGAAAUAGUUUCUGAUGACGAAGAUUUAUCUAAUUCUUCAAAGUCUCUUGCUAGUACGACAGAAAAAAAUAAUGAAAGUGCUAUAGUUGAAGCUACAGUAAGUAGUAACGAUACUAUAUCUGAUACGCAUUGUGACGAAGAUAUUAAAGAUAAAACGCAGGAAAUAAGCACCGAUGCUGUACUACACAGAAGUGUAGAAAUUGAUUCUACUAUUGAGACUGACCAAGCACCUGGACCGAGCAUUACUAGUGAUAGUGAGAACAAGGACCAAGAUGAACAGGUAAAGGAAAAUGUUGUAAGUGAAGAUAACUCAGAAGCUUUGCGGGAAAAAAUUGAUAACGACAAGAUUAAAGAUAUGACAGUUGAAAGUGAAUUAUCUAAUAAUAAUAAUGAAAACGCCGAGGUGGAGAUCACAAAACCUAUCAAAAAAAUGAAAGGUAAAAUGAAGAAUAGUAAAGGUAACGCCCAGAAACCUCCUACUCGGUCUUCAGCUGCUUUGAAAAUUGACAAACCUCUCAAUAUAAAAAAGCCUUCAAGGGAACUAAAGCAACUUCAAAAUGAUAUCAAGGAGAUGUUUUUAAACGAAGAUGUUUUAAAUACUUCUGGCAUCAGAAUGUGCCGUUUAGCUAAGCUUGUUGAAGAUAAGUCUUCGCCAGAAAAGGGCGAUCAAAACGUUGAUAACAGCCCAGUUGUGAUACUUCAAAAAAUUAAACAAUCUUUUGAAGAAGCAACUUCAAAGGGCAAAGCAUGUAAGAAGAAACAAUCCUUAAAAACAAAAGCCCCACUUAAGCAAACUCCUAUGAAUAUAGAUAAAAAUGCAGAGAUAACAACGGAAUCUAAACUUUCGAUCAAGCACAAACCUGGACCUAAAUCUAAAACCAAAGUAUUAGAGCGAACCGAUGUAGACCCUUAUAUGUUCGAAUCAGACUCCAUUGCCGAAUCAAACGAUACAAAUAACAGUGAGAAGCAAGUUGGAAGUGGUUCUGAGUCUGAAAGUGGGUCUCUUGCAUCAUCGCAGAGCUUCGGAAGUAAUGAACAAUUAGUAGAAAUAAAGAAAAAAGUGAAACGAAGGCGGCGCGGAUGGCAAUCAGGUGUUAUUAAAUCGAAAAAUAAGAAAAGAAAGAUGGAACUAAACCGAUCCGAAAUAGGAAACACCUCUGAGGAUUUGACAGAAAGUUGCCUAAAUAUUACUGAUAACACCUGUUUUACUGACAAAACAUAUUGUUUCUCUAAGAAUGUAACAAAUUAUUCAUGUCGGCUAUGUUCGUACACCGGCAGCGAAAUCGUCUACCAUCAUAAGAAACGACAUCCUCAUUCAGAGAUUCCGCUGUCCCGAAUGAGCCCAGAUAUGGCGAAAGAAGCUAUAGAGCAAUCUGAGGAAUUCAAUUUCCAAACCUUAAGUAAAUUGCCUUUUGAUAAGCAUGUAUGUAGAUUUUGUUUUGAAGAGUUCAGUAAACGGAAAACAGUAUUGGAAUCUUUCUUCUGGCAUGUCGUUAGUACGCAUACUGGCGAAUAUAAACAAAUUUGUUCAGAAUGUAGAAAUGAGAAGCAAUGUCCUUUUAGUUUAGACAUCCCCGCGCCUCCGAAGGAACCAAAAGGUCAAUUAAUAGGAUACAUUUGUGGCAAAUGUAAUUUUACACAAAUUUCCCUCGAAAACUUAAAAACACAUGUAAUCAAUCGACAUAACGAUGAAGAAACUGAAGUUUAUACAAUAAAUUUGGGCAUGAUGUCGAAAAAGACGUUGUCGUUGUUGACAAAGACUACGACUACGACAGGGUCAGAGCCUAGAAUAUUAAGAAGCAGCCGUGGGACCCAAAAUACGGCUGAAGUGAGUGAUGAACCAAAACAAUAUAAUGGAAUGGCCGAUACACAGUCUGAAUCCUACAUAGAAAAAUUUGAUAUUCAGUCGGACGCAAAACUUGAUACGACACAUACCAAACGCAAGCAAAUGAAAUCGCAAAUAUAUUUUGAAAACGAAGAUGUCACCAAGGAGACAUGUGAAUUAAGUAAAGUUUCAAAUAUUAAGGUUGAAGCGGAACAAGACAGUGAUACGGAGCAGGUGAUGCAACAUUGUCAGUCGCUUGACGUAUCCUCCGACACGCUGGGCCAAGAACCGCUGGCAGAUGAGACCGACACACGCGAACAGGAACCACUUGCAAGCGAGACGGUUAGAAACGAACAACCAGUAGACGAAACUGACUCCGACGAACACGGACAAUUAAUGGACGACGUUGCCACAGACGAACGGGGACAAUUAAUAAUCGAGGCCGACGCCUCCUCGGCUGCAAGCAACGACGUUCUCGACUACCCGCACUUUAAAGUGAGUUACACGCUUUCCGGUACGAAGGAAUACGUGUGCUGCAUCAACGGGACAGAGAACCAUUAUCGCACCGCGCUGCUAAUAUCGUUUAAAAAGCAUGUGCAGCUGAAACACAGCGAAAUUUGGGAUGGAUUUUGUUUCUUGUGUAAACUUAUCGUAACUCCCCAAGGAAAACACUUUUUCAAAGAUUGCUUACAGCAUUUUCUCGACAAGCAUAUUGAUAAUUUUCCAAUAAUAGAAAAUGAAGAGAACCCGUCGAAUAACAUCGAUACGAAUAUCGUUCCCCACGUUGUCAAUUUGAAGGAACAAAAUCCGAACAAAAAUCAUUUGAACGUCCGGCCCCUGUCGGAACUGAUCGACCCGGCGGAGACGCCACCGGCCACGACGCUUCCCGUCAUAGAGAGCGUAGUCAGCCUGGGUGCCUCGACCCCCGGUGCGUCGCAUACCUCCAUCGCCGACUUGUUUCAAUUAAAAAUUAAACAAAACGUAUUCAAAUACGAAGAAACACAGACUGAAGUGAUGGAUAAGAAAAAUAAAGUAGUUUUGGAGGUGAUGAUGGAUCGCGAAAAGUUAGUGCACAUAUUCAAGUGCGCCGGCCGCUUCUGCAGCUAUUCCACGGACGAGCCCGGGGAUGCGCUGCGGCACGCGAUGACGCACGAGCGCGCGGGCGGCCAACGCGCGCUCGAUUGCAUCUACUGCGACUUCGACUCGUCGCAAAGCGCGGUAGACCUGGUGACGCACGUGUUCAAGGCGCACGGCGGCUGCCGCUUCGCGUGCGGUCACUGCUUCUACCGCGCCGCGGCCGCGCAGUUGGUGCGAGCGCACGCGUUGCGUCUGCACCCCGCCCUCGGCCCUCACGCCGCCGUGCUGCGCUCCACGGCCGCGCCGCGCGCCCCGACCGCCGCCACCGACCAGCCCACCGCCGCAGGCAUCCUGCCCCGGGAGAUCGCAGUGCCCUACUACGUGUGCGUUCAACCGGGCGGCUGCAGGUUCCGGACGUACACGUCGGGCAAGUUCUGCGAGCACCUGCAGCUCCGGCACUCCCUCGACGCCAGCUUCCUGUGUUCCGUGUGUUCGAUGGGCGUGAGCAAAGCCGCGGAGCUGAUCCAGCACAUGAAGGUGCACGGCUACAAGUUCUACCAGUGCACGUGGUGCGUGCACGGUGCCGACGACGAGGCCGGCCUGCUGGCGCACGCCGCACGCGAACACCCCGCGCGCCCCCCGCAGGCCUACCUGCGCGUCAUCACCAACAAGGAGGGGAACGCCGGCUUCCGCGUGCUUCCUUUGGCUCAACUUAACAUUUCAAAAAUUGCAACAAUCGAUGUAAUCCCGAGUACCGCCAAAAGGGAUCCCGCCAGAGAAGCGGAACGUUCCAUUGAUUUAGAAAAGCUGAUCGGCCAAACCACGGAGAUGAUCGAGUCCCAGGACUCGCCCGCCGAGACCCCCGCGACCUCCGCGCCCGUCGAGCCCGUCGCGCCCCCCUCGCCCGGCGACGACUACAUCGAGAUGAGCGAGCCGCAAUUCAGUAAUGAUUUCUUGACUGAAAGUGAAAGCGCAUCGCUUUUGAAUCUACAAUCAAGUGUUAAUAAUCAGAUAGCAGACGCCGCGUUUGUUGCACCCGAGAGCGCACAGCUCGAGCAUUCCGCCCCCGCCUCCGCCCCUGCCCCCGUGGCCCCUACCUCGCCCCCGGCCCCGGCCCCGGACCCGGCCCCGGCCCCACGCUCGGGCAACGAUACCAGCUCUGAGAUUAUUUCCUUGGAUAGCGACGAGGAUAAUUGCGACGGCGCCUUAGACGUUUCCGCGAAUGAAACCGACACAACGAAACUGGUGGAGAGAUCGCAAUUGUUCAAGUGCGGCGUUUGUUCCGCCGCUACAUUCAAAACUGCUUUAAUAUUCAAAAGACAUAUCCUGGGCGUGCACGCGGGGCGCGAGGAGUUCCCCUGCGCGCACUGCCCCGCCCUGCUCCCCAAGGCCGCCCUGCUCGACCACUACCGCGCCCUCCACUGCGCCCGCCGCGACACCCCCUGCGUCUGCGCACUCUGCGACAAGCGCUUCGCCACCCUCGGCCUCGUGCGCAAGCACCUGCAGGCCGUCCACGGCGUCGCCAAACAGUUCGUCACCUCCAACGUUAUCAGCGACGGAAAGUGUCAGCUCGUCGUCGGCGAGACGCCCAAGAAGAAGCCCUCCAAGAGAACUCUGUCCGACGACGGCGAGACCGGGUCGGCGCAGCCGCCCGCCAAAAUGACGAAGUUCGGGCCCGCCGACGUCCAUCGCCUGCCCAUCCAACCCAUCCUCGACGAGCUGGUGUUCUGCGCCGUGUGCGAGUACAGCACCAAGGUGCGGCUGAACAUGGCGCGACAUCUGCAGCUGCACGCCGCGCGUCGUCCCGCGCCCAACACCGCGCCCGUCAACCCCGUGCCCCACCUCGAGACCAACGAGAAGCACUUCGACAAGAUGGUCAACCUCGCCUCCAGCUCCCUGGCGGCGCCGCGCCCCGAGCGCCCGACCCGCGCCGCGCCCGCCUCGCCCCUCGCGCCCGACCGCGCCGCCCUCUACCCGCGCUACGUGCCCGACCGGCAGCGCUACACGUGCGGGGCGCCCGGCUGCUGCUACAUCUCCCUCAGCGAGGACAUGCUCAAGCACCACUGGGAGGCGCUGCAUUCCACCGCCGCCGACUUCAGCUGCGUCCACUGCCCGCCCGCGCACCGCCUGCACGCCGCCAAGCAGCUCACUGCGGCGCGCGUCGUCUCCCACAUGCGCAUGCACGACGCCAAGCUCUACGCCUGCCCCCUCUGCCCCUACUUCCACUACCGCCGACAGGCCGUGGACAAGCACCUCGCCGACAGGCACGCCGGCGCCGGCGCCGCGCUCGUCGUGCGCGAGGACCCGCCCGUCCCCGCGCCGCCGCCCGCCGCGUCCGCCGCGCCCACCGCGCCCACCAUGGACCUCAAGCCCUGGCAGUGCGGCCUCUGCGAGUUCCGCAGCAUGCUCCGCCAGGAGGUGGUCGACCACUGCGCCGAGCUGCACGGCUGCAAGAUGCAGUACAAGUGCUUCCACUGCGCUUUUCGAACCUCCACCUUAGAAAAUGAAACCAAGCAUAGAUCGAAGUUUCAUCCCGAGAGCGGAGAUGAGACGUUCUACGUGUACUACCGCGAGGGCGCCGUCCCCGACCAGCCGGACGGCACCCCGCGCUGGCGACACCAGCGUCUGCGGCUCGCCCUCCCGCACGCCCGCAUCAAGACCGAGGCGGAGGACGGCGCCGAGCCGUGCUCCUCGCCUGCGCCCCCCGCGCUCCAUGCUCCCCCCACGCCCCCUGCUCCCCCCGCGCCCUCCGCGCCCCCUGUGUCCUCCGCGCCCGCCGCGCCCCAAGCGCCCGCUGUCGAUCUCAACAUAGUAAAACGCGAGCCAGAAGCGGGUGAGGGUGAGGGCGAGGGCGAGGGCGAGGGCGAGGCGCGGGAGCUGUACGAGAGGUUCGGGCGGCCGUGCGAGCCGGCCGGGCUGCGCUACAAGUGCCCGCUGUGCAGCGACGUGACCGACGAGUGCAGGGACCGGAUGCAGUCGCACCUGUACGAGGAGCUGCAGUGCAGGAAAUGGGGAUGCGUGUUCUGCUCGUACAAGGCGUUCCACAAAGCCGGCCUGGCCGACCACAUGGCCACCGAGCACCGCCGCGCGCGCGACGCCAUCGAGCUGCCCGUAGACCCCCGCAUCGAGAUGUGGAUCGCCAAGAUCCUCGACUACCAGUUCCUUGCCAUCGAGAAGAACAGAAUUAAUGCAUCGAAGGGAGCCUCCGUCCGACCAUCUGACCCUGCAGCCCCCGCCCCCGCCCCCGCCCCCUCUCCCUCUACCGGAGUAACCGCGCAGGCCACCGACGACGUUAACGAUUACAACAUCGAAGAUCUAGUGAAAUCUUUUGGCAAAUUUGGUGCUCCCGAAAAUGCAAAUUUUUGCUGUCCCAAAUGCGGCGCGAUCAUGAAAGAGGAGAAGGCGAUGCGAGAACAUCUGGAGAUCGAACUGAACAAGAUCAGGUGGAGUUGCAGCGCCUGUCCGGACAAGUUCCAGAACUACCACGAGGCGCAGUUCCACUGCAGGACUGCGCACGCGCAGCCCGGCGCACCCGGCGCACCCGGCGCACCCGGCGCACCCGGCGCCCGCGCGCUCGAGGCGCCGCGCAACGCCGCCAUGCGCGCAGCCUGGCUCGCCGCCGCGGUCGCCGCCCAGGCCCGCUCUCUCGGCCCCGCGCCCGCCCCGCGUCCCCCCGCACGAGAACCCCCGCCCGACGACAACUCGCUGCUCGAAGUGCGCUACGAGGAGCACGUCGCCCCGCCGCCGGACGUGCGCGCCCCGCCCCCGCCCCCCCCCCCCCCCCCGCCCCGCGCUGCGCCCCCGCCCCACGCCGCGCCCCCGCCCCGCGACAGCGACAGCGACGACGACGACAAGCUGGUCAUCGACGAGCCCGCGCCCCCGCCCCCGCCCCCACCUCCGCCUCCGCCCACCGCGCACGUGUGCCCCUUCUGCGGGGACGUGCUGCCCGGCCUCAAGGAGUUCAAAGUGCACGUGUCCCGACACGACGACAUCAAGCCCUACUUCUGCGCUCACUGCGACUUCAACGGCCAUAGAAAGAGCGUGCUGAAGCACUUGCACGAUCGACACGAGAACUUGCCCGCCCGCAUGGUCACCAGGAACCAGCGCGCAGUCGGGCCCCCGCUGGCCGCGGACACCAGGCUGCUCUGUCUGCGCUGCGAGAAGCCCCUCACCGGGGAGGAGGCGCGUCUCCACACGCACGACGGCCUCGCGCCCCCCCUCGCCAAGGAGGGGGAGAUCGUCGUCAAGUGCUGCGUCUGUCUCACCCUGCACGAAAACAUCGGGGCUCUGAACGUCCACCACGAGGCGACCCACCCGGAGACCGCCCCCAACUACGUCUACCACAAGGUGCUCCAUACUAAAAAGAACUUGUUCUGCGUCCAUUGUAUGCGACAAUUCAAAUACAUGCACCACCUGAGGGCGCACACGGAGGCGGCGCACGGCGACUUCGCCCCGAACCUCGGCAACCGCAAGCGACCGCUCGCAGCCGAGCCGGCGCCGGACGGCCCCCCGGACAGCCCCCCGGCUGAGCCCCCGGCGGAGCCCCCGGCCCGCCGCUGCGCGCGCAAGUCCACCACCAAGCUGCCCAGCCAGGCGAUCGCCAAGAAAUCUACCACUAAAUUACCUUCGCACAAUGGACCUCAAGAAUCGGAGACCGAGGAGUACUCGUUCUACGGCACGCGACCUCGGCUGCAGGGUCUGGCCGCCGUCACCACCCGUCUGCGCCUCGGCACUGCGGAGGUGGCCGUCAGUCUGCGUCAGCUGCGCGAGGUCAUGAGCGUCAGCCCCGUGGUGCGCGUGCGCGACCUCGCCCAUCCCGGACCCGAACCCGGCCCCGGACCUAGCCUCGGACCCAGUCCCCAACCCGGCCUCCCACCAGACCCCACUCGGCCAUGAUUAAUUACAUAAUGUCUUUACUUUACUUUACUAGCGUUUAAGUUUUUUAUUUUAUUUCUUUUCAUUGUUAAUCAGCAGUUUAAGUGACAACAGCGGUUUGAUUGAUUUAAUUGUUUCCGAGUGAUGUCUCAUUUAGUUUACGGAAUAAGUAAAUGUUUAAUCAGUUGUUAGUACCAGUACUGAUAGAAUAAGUGUCUAUUGUUUGUUCCUGACUGAUGUCAAUAAUUAAACGAAUUUCGGUGAUAACUGUAUAUUUAUUUCUCUGCC